GACACGGCAUUCACGUACCGAAGGACCUUGCGCCGAGCAGCUCACCGGUACGACCUCCUUUAGGCCUUCUUCCCACGCAAUUACGCCUGAAUAGCUUUCGUGCCUCGACCUCCAUCCCUCACCGCUCAAUAUGGCAGAACUGGUACCCCCAACACCUGGACAGGUGAUUUCGACCCCAGUGGAAGAGAUUUCCUUUCUGGAGAAAUUGGCUAUCGUGCCAGCGCUUCUAACAACUUUGUGUACGGUGGCAUUUGCAGCAGUCACAGCCCCCUUCCGAGGGGAAGCUGGCACGCGCACUUUUAAGGAACAUAUCCUCUAUACAGCUCUUCGAACGGCGGUGAAGAACCUAAGCACCGGCCAGAUGCAGUUUAUCUCGGAACCAUUCUCCAAGAUCUACGAGAAGUGGUGCAAAGACAACGGAUCCCAGCCAGAAUUUGUGACGUUGAAGUCGGGCUGUAAAGCCUUCUGGAUGGGCGACCAUCAAACUGCGAAGUACAUCGUGGUUUACUAUCAUGGUGGCGGAUUCUCUCUCGAUGGGGAAGAUACCCAUCUCAAGUUCUACCAUGGCGUUCAGACAACCCUCAAAGAAAGCGAUAUACCUGUUGCAUUUCUAUUUGUUGAGUACACGCUUGUACCUCAUGCUACCUACCCCACCCAAGUCCGGGAAGCCGUUGAAUCAGUCAGCUACGUGAUGACCGAGUUAAAACGUCCGGCAUCCGACAUCAUCUUGGGCGGUGACUCUGCAGGCGGCAAUAUGUGUCUGGCGGUUCUAUCCCACCUUAUGCACCCGUCAAGUGACUUCCCUGAGCUCAAGCUUGCCGAUGGAGACAAACUCAAGGCGCUCUUGCUGGUUGCGCCAUGGGUCCACUUCGGUAUGCAUUGGGAGAGCUCACGCCGCAAUCUCCAGAAAGACUUCGUCAGCCCAUAUGGUGGGGAGAUGUGGGCAAGAACAUAUCUAGGCGGGAGGGAGUCGGAUUUCUACACCGAGGCUGCUGAGGCUCCGGCAGAUUGGUGGAAGGACGCAAAGGUCGAGCAUGUACUCUGCACCGUGGGAUCUGACGAGCUCUUGUUUGAUUGCAUCGACGCUUGGGUCAAAAAGUACAAGUCGGUCAACCCUGAUGGCAUCACAUAUGUGAUUGGUGCACACGAAGCGCAUAUCGCCCCCAUUAUGAACGUCCGAUUCGGCCUGACCACUGAAACGGAGCAGGGAGCAGCAAUAAAGUCCUGGAUGAAAGCUAGACUAUGAUCUCUACUGGUCCAGCUUUCCGGACGUGUCCCUACGCGGACAUUAUUAUGCUCCUCAGGAGCUCAGAGAGACAGUUCACCCCGGAUAAUGGCACGAGACGGAUAUCGAAAUGAGUAACAGGCCAGCCAGGAUGGGUACAAGGUGCGUCUGAUAUGACCAGAUAGAGGUAAUUCUGCGAACACUCCUGCUGGGAGCGAUCAAGCUACCACAGAACACCUAGUCUGUGAUAGCUGUCCAAAUGGCCCCCUUCUCUCUCUGGAUCUCUGCGCUGCAGUUGCGGUUCGACGAGUGUGCUUCAUUCCUCGAGAGCUCAUAGCAGCAAGGCUCCUGUCUGAUGGUGUUGCUUCUCGGAUUAUGUGCGGG